AUGAUACAUCACUAGAAUAAUUAUGCUGACUAUUUAAUUGCAGAUUAAUGACAAUGAGUGCUUAUAAUAAUUAAUCUAAAGCAUUUCUUGCAGAUAAUAUACUUACUAGUGAUAUAAAUUAAUAGAUUAAUCAAUAAAUGCAUGAAACAUAAAAAUUCUAUUUAAUAAAUAUCUGGUAAAUUAAUAUACCUCAAUUAAGGUUUUAAUGAAAUCGGAGCCCAGAGAACCAAAUGUUUUACUUACUAUGACAUUACCUUCUAUCACUGUCUGAGAUAUUGACAUAAUAAUUCUGCUAUAUUAACUGGUUCUUAUUUUAUUGCUAUGGAGGGUUUGACUAAAGGAUUUAAUGUCUAUUUUAAAUGUUUCACAGAAAUGUAUUUCCAUAAAGUAACAAUUGCUGCCAUAUUCAUAUGCCAACUCACACUGAUUCCAGAAACUUUAAUGAGUAGUAAUGAAGCUGUCUUCCAUGUUGCAAUUGAUUCCUUGACCUCAAUCUCGGAAAACUGUUCUCACGAAGACACUGAAAUAAAAAAGACGUAUUCGCUAGCUAUUUCUGAUCUUACUUCAGUCUUCUACCAUCAAAAUGAGAAAAUCACUGAACUGGAAGUUAAUAACGUUCAUUUAAAAGAUCAAAUUGAAUAUUUGAAGGAAAAAUUGACCAAGAGAGGAGAUAACUUACAUUCCAGGAUUAAAAGAGAGGAAAGGGUACCAGAUUACAAAGAAUGGGCUGGAUUUCCUGGACCGAAUAGGAAACGCAGGAUUUCCUACGAUCAGGAUCGUGAUGGUAUGAAAGAUUCACCUUACUUUUUAAAUUUCGAUGAACACAAUAAUUAUAAAAAAAUGAUAAAUAAUCAGAAACGGAUUGACGUUAAUAGGAUACCCCAAGCCCCACAUGUGUUGCAAAGAUUGUACAGAAAUGACCUGAAAGACUAUUUGGAUCCAAGCAAUCAUGUUCAAAUGAAAGAGCCUCGCGUACAACAUAGAUCAGGCAAGGAAGGUUACAUUAACUCUAAAAUGAAGCCAUUGGCUGAAAUGCCACGAUCAACAUCAGACAGUGAGCCUGAUAAGACAAUGCGCAUAAACGUAAUUGAUGGAGAUGGAAAGUUACUGCCUGGUAUGGUAAUUCAUCCAAGUCUUCCCGGUGGCAUGUGUCAAAUCGUAACAAGUGAGGAAUUUGAAAAUAAAAAACAGUUACUGAAUCAAAGUAAGAAUCUCUCCAAGGAUAGAAAAAAAAAUCCAAAGGUUCCUUCCAUAGAAGAGAGUGAGGAAUUUCAAAAUAAAAAGAAAUCACAGAAUCAAAGUAAGAAAGUCUCCAAGAACAAAAAAAAAUCUCCAAAGGUCCCUUCCAAAGAAGAGAGUGAGGAAUUUAAAAAUAAAAAGAAAUCAACAAAUCAAAGUCAGAACGUCUCCGGGACCAAAAAAAAACCUCCGAAGGUUCCUUCCAAAGAAGAGAAUAUCUCCAAGAACAAAGAGGAACAUGCAAAGGUUUCUUCAAAAGAAGAGGAUAUCAACAAGGAAAAAGAUGAACUUUCAGAAGAAGAGCUACCAAACAGUGACGAGAUAUCCAUAAACUAUAUUGCUCCAACAGAUGAUGAAGAAGAAAAACGAGAAGAUCAUAUACAUGAAAAAUCAAAGCAAUCAAAGCAAUUGGAUGAAGGACAUGAAAAAUCAGAGCCAGAUGACUUGGAUCAUCUACAUGAAAAAUCAAAGCAAUCAAAGCAAUUGGAUCAAAAAUCAAAGCAAUCAAAGCAAUUGGAUCAUGGACGUGAAAAAUUGGUGUUAGAUCACUUGCCUUACGGGCCAUGGGAUUCAGCAGAAGAAUAUCAUAAUCAAAAAUAUAUUCAACAAGAACCAGUUAAAUGUGUUGUUGAUGAAACCUUAUCCUCACAUGAUGCCAAAGGUGUGGUAUCUGUAAGCAAUGAGGACCGAGUAAUCAAUUCUCAUGUAUCAUCCAGCAGCGAUUACAUAGUUGCUGAUAACAGCUUAGAAUCAAGUAAUAUAAAGUCUCUUCAGGAGGAUAAGAAGUUUUAUAUACACUAUAUAGGAGUAAAAGGCGACUCCCUGGAUAAAGGUGCAAAAACGUUUUGGGUUUAUCCUUCAAAUCAACAAGAGUAUGAUUCUGCAUUGAAUGAUUUGAAAGGAGAUGAAAAAAACAGGCGAGUUGUAUUCUUGGAUAACAGAGGCGAAGAAAUGAUGCUAGAUGAAUUGCUAUAUGAGCGGGAUUCACCACAAUUAGUUGGGCCGCAGGGAGAAAUACACAAUGAUAGAAAACAUUCACGCAUUCAUCAAAAAUCUUCUCAAAAUGAUAACGGAGGCGAAGAAAUGGUGCUAAAUGACUUGCUAUAUGAGCAGGAUUCACAACAAAUAGUUGGGUCGCAGGGAGAAAUACACAAUGAGAGAAAACCUUCACGCAUUCAUCAAAAACAUUUUCACAAUAUUGAAGAAGAUAAGAUAUCUGAUUCAUACGAAGAACUGGUUCCAGAUGGUGAAGUUGAUGAAAUGCAAUCAGAACAAAUUCGAGAUGAUGUAACCUCUGUGAUUUCAGAGAGAAAGGUCUUGGGAGGUGGAAUUUCUAAAAGACCAGAGGGACUGACUUUUGCCACCACUAUUACGUUUCCUCACCAAUAUCUCUUGUCUGAAGCAAAACCGAUAACAGACCAAAAUCAAAUAUCUGGAAUACAGAAAGGCAUGAAUGUUUAUGGCAACUACAUAGCACUCACUGUACAGAAACCAGAAUUACAGCCAGAUUGUGAAAGUAAUGAUAAAAAACAAUCAAAUAAUGAUAUUUCUUCAGGAAAUAGGAUAAUCAGAAUUACAGAACGUACUGGAUAUGGUGAUAAUGAACCUGAAGACUUGGAAAGCAGCUGUCCACAGUUGACUAACCUAAAUGAUUCAUCGUGCAACUGUACACCAUGCAAUGGAUUUGUUACUGAACUUAAUACUUCAUUAGUUCAUCCAGAAUGCAAAAAUUUUAAUGAAAACAGCAGUCUUCAUGAAGUUGUUAAGAUGGGCUGUUCUAAUUUAGUUGAUAAAAUUGUUAAAAAAACAAAUGUAAACCAAGUUAAUGAUGAAGGUCUAACACCUCUUCAAGUAGCUGCUGAACGAGGAUACACUGAUAUGAUGAAUACUCUUAUCAAAGAAGGUGCCGAUAUAAACGCUGUGGAUAAUAAAAAUAAUACCGCAUUGCAUUAUUGUGCUACGGGAGGCAGUACUAAUGCCUGCAGUUUAUUACUUUCUAAAGGAAUCAACGUAAAGGCUCAAAAUGUGAAUCAGGCAACAGCCCUUCAUAUUGCAGUCUGGAAAGGAAACUAUGAAUUAGUAAAUAGACUUUUGAUGUACAAAGACUCGUUUGAAAUUACUGAUAAUUUCGGCAGAUCCGCAUCAGAUUUGGCCCAUGAGAUGAAUAAUGAUGACAUUACUGAGCUGCUUGAGAAGAAUGGUAUCAAGAGUAAAAAUCCACGUACAGCUCAAAAUGCUUGUGGAAGGUACCCAACCAAUCCAAGUGAGCUCGCUACAUGUACUGAACCUUCGCAUUCUAGUACUGUGUCGGAUUCCAAAGUUUCCGUCACUACUGCAGCACCAACUGUAACGAUCACUACAAAAGGAACUAAAAAAACUAGAAGAUUAGCAACAACAACAUCGUCAACCACUUCAGAGGCACCAGACAAGGUGGAAGUGAGUGGUAGGCAAUUGACAAAUAAGGAAAAGGAAUUAUUUGAAGUUUCAAAAGGAAAUGACUGGUUCGGUGGCAAAGCGAGAAAACUGUGUGUUGAAGGAAUGGAUAUAAAUGUUAAAGAUAUUGAUAACAACAGUUCUACUGCACUUCAUUUUGCUGCAUCCAUCGGAGUAAAACUGACGACUCUCAUUCUUAUCCGUUGCGGAGCAGAUGUAAACUUGAGGGAUAUAGAUGGAAACACUCCACUUCAUCUAGCAGUAAUGAAUGGUAAAUAUUGGGUAGCUAAUAUUCUGUUACAUAACCGAGCUAAUCCUUUUGCAGUAAAUAAUAAUGGUGAUACACCACAAAAACUGGCACACAACAGAACCGAAUUCGCUAUGAGAGGUUUAUUUGAUGCAAGACUUCUGAAAUGGUAUAAUCCUGAAAGGAAAUUAAAAAAGGAAGAAGAAACAAUUCACAAAUGGGCGAAAGAAGGAUAUUAUUUAGGUAUUAGUUUGAAGUGUACAGAGGGAAACGACAUAAAUAUCAAGAAUGUUGACAACCAUCUUAGCACAGCAUUACAUUUAGCUGUUUCUGCAUCCAAGAACAAUCUAGAAACUGUCUUAACAUUAAUACGCUGUGGCUCAAACAUCCAUUCUCUGGACAGGAAUGAAAACACACCUCUUCACCUCGCUAUAAUAAACAAACAAGCUGACGUUGUCGUGACAUUACUUGAGAAUAGUGCAGACCCACUAGUUCCUAAUAAGGAUGGUAAGACUGCUUACCAGCUGGCCCAGGAAUCAGACGAUCCUUUGAUCAAGGAUACUUUUACAUCUCAGAGGUACUCCUGGUAUAUGAGGCAUUUUUUUGAUAAAUCUCAAACAAUUUCAGAUCCAUAAGAUAUAAUUUUAAUUUUUCUCAACAGCUGUUUCUGUAAUAAUUAAUAAUAAUAAAAAAUUGAUUUUUUAAAAAAUGUAUUCAAAGAAAUACAUCCUGG